UUUUGGGCUUGUCUUCUUCCGUUCUUCCAGCUUUGAUUUCUUCAAUUCCCAGCCGAAUUGCCGGAACUUUCAGGCUCGCGGCUGUGGAGGAAGGAAAGAGGGGAGAGGAAAUGGGGAAAAUCAAAGUCUCACUGAUUGUAAGCUUGUGGGUGAUACCCGUAUCGAUUCUAGUCAGUCGCAUUGUUCCGGAGCCUUACAUGGAUGAGAUAUUUCACAUACCUCAAGCUCAACAGUACUGCAAAGGGAAUUUCAGGAGUUGGGAUCCAAUGAUCACCACUCCCCCUGGCUUGUACUUUGUUUCACUUGCUCAUGUUGCCUCUCUGUUUCCAGGGCUAUUCUCUAUGCAACUGGCCUCAUCAUUUUCAGAAACUUGUUCCACUCCAAUUUUGCGCUCCAUCAAUGGUGUUUUGGCUGUAAUUUGCAGCAUACUUGUUUAUGAUAUAAUCACCCAUCUAUCGCCAGGUCUUAGUGACAGGAAAGCAACUCUUCGAGCAGUUGUCUUAGCUUUGUAUCCCCUUCAUUGGUUUUUCACAUUUCUUUAUUAUACUGACAUAGCAUCACUAGCUGCAGUACUUGCAUCAUACCUUUUGAGUCUCAAGAAGAAUUAUCCAUUCAGUGCAUUGCUCGGUGCUUUGGCUGUGCUUGUACGACAAACAAAUAUUAUUUGGGUGCUAUUCAUAGCAUGCACUGGGGUUUUAGAUUUUUGUCUUGCUCAUCGGAAGGACAACAUGGUGUAUGCUGACUUCAAAGUAGUUCAGGAAGACACUUUGUCAUCCUCUAGUCAAAGUUCCACCAUGGGCUCGAACGUGAGAAAACGAAGAACUGUUAGUCAUGCAAAUAGGAAAAGCCAUUUGAAUGGCCAAACAACUGCCAGUUCCACACACCAUAUAUCAGAACAUACAGAGUUGUUUGAUGAGAUAAGGGAAGUUAUUUCAUCAUCAUGGAAGAUGAAGUGGGAUCUUUUGGCUUCCUUUAGUCCAUUCUUUAUAACUUUGGUGGCUUUUGUCACUUUUGUUUAUUGGAAUGGCAGUAUAGUUCUUGGUGCAAAGGAAGCUCAUGCUGUUUCCCCACAUUUUUCACAAGUUCUGUAUUUUAGUUUGGUUUCUGCCAUUUUUAUGGCACCUGUGCACUUCUCGUUUAGGCAAUUUAUACUGCUAGUUCAGUCAUUCUGGAAGAAUAAACUGAUCAGCCUCUUUAAAUUGUCCGUGGCCUUGGCUGCUGGCUUAAUCUCUGUGCACUUUUUCAGCAUUGCUCAUCCGUAUCUCCUGGCCGAUAAUCGACACUAUCCCUUUUAUCUUUGGAGAAAAGUCAUUAAUCGUUACUGGUUCAUGAAGUACCUUCUUGUUCCAAUUUACAGCUAUCUGUGGCUUUCGAUCUUGAGUAUCUUAGUAAAAAGUCAGAAGAAGAUAUGGGUGGUGGCAUACUUUUUGGCUACUGCUGCUACCCUUAUUCCUGCUCCACUGAUCGAAUUCAGAUACUAUACCAUUCCAUUCUUCUUCCUGAUUCUCCAUUCCCAUGUUAAUGAUGACAGAAGUUGGAUUCUGAUGGGGUUGCUGUAUGCUGCUGUUAAUUGCUUCACAAUGUUCAUGUUCUUGUUUCGACCGUUUUCCUGGACCCAUGAACCUGGUGUACAGAGGUUUAUAUGGUAGCCAGAUCCUGAAGAGUUCAAAUGGCAUUUAACCAAGCAUUUUAUGUUGUUAGACAUCUGCUAGCAUCAUAAUCAGUGGUCUAUCUUGCUUUAGGAUGCAACAUCUUGUUCCCAACUCCACACUGGCAAAUCUGGUCUUCAACCAUCAGUUUCUUACUUCUUCAUUAAAUGUAAUUUGGUCCUAUACUACCAAGCCCAAAGUGUUUUUGUCUAAAGGGGCAUAGGGAAAACAAAUAGUGAAAUCCGGUUUUGGCUUUUCUUCUUUGUUGGGACAAGAAACUAAUUGUAUCAUUACUGAAAAUUUUGUCUUCAUUAUGAUAUGAUUACUAUAGGAAACAAAUCUCUAAGCUGUGCACCAGUCAGAUUUAACUUCUGAUUUCUAAUUUGGAGGUCUCAUA